AUGUUUAUGGGUGAGAGCCGUAACUUUACGGGACGGGUAGUGUUGGUCACCGGAUCUAACAGUGGUAUCGGCGAAGGGAUUGUCAAACUGUUUGCCAUUUUGGGCGCCAAUGUUGUGGUCACCGGUAGGAAUGUGACCAGGAUCAAUAAUGUGGUCAAUGAGUGUCGCAAAAUAUCGCCACAAUCACUGGAGCCGUUGGGAAUUGCGGCCGAUUUGACCAAGAGCGAUGAGCUGGCCAAUUUAAUCGACUCGACGAUCAAACAUUUCGGAAAACUUAAUGUAUUGGUCAACAACGCGGGACAAUUUCUCCCAUUAACCAAAAUUAGUUCGGACAAUUUACUAGCUGUCCAUGAUCAGAUAUUUGCCAUCAACUUGAGGGCCAUCGUUGAGCUCAUACACCGAUCGGUACCCCAUUUGAAGCGCACGCGCGGAUCCAUUAUAAACACAGCCAGUAUUUCUGGCAUUAUUCCAUCAAUGCCUCACCAUGCUUACUCGCCUACAAAAGCUGGCGUGAUUACAUUGACAAAAGCAUUGGGCCUGGAAUUAGGGCCAAUGGGAAUUCGCAUCAAUUCAAUCAGCCCGGGAGUCACUCAAAGUCGAAAUAUGCCAGCUGAAUUUUUAACACACGUGAUUGAAUUUACACCAGUGGGUCGCCCUGAGAAUACUAAUGACAAAUUUUAA